AACUGUAUUUUUUUUUUCUUUAUACAAAUAUAUAAAUAUUAUAUAUUAUAUUUUUUGGCUGAAACCAAUCACAAACAUUUCUUUAUUUGGAUAGUAUACUACGUUUACGACGGUCAUCACACGUAUAAUCAACAUAUAAUACAAGCAUGGAGACACCCAUAGAAGUUUUAAGGAUUGAACAAACUGUAGUAUCCAAAGAACUUAGCCGGUUUCGUGCUUGUGAUCCCACCAGUCGAAGUUUUUAUUGUCGGGAAUGGGCUCAAUAUAUAUACAAAAAGCAUUUUGUUUGGAAUGCCAAAACACAAGAAGAUAUGCAAGCCGUACAACCUAGUUCUGGUUUGAUGUCCACUGGUCAUUAUAAUAUUUGUAUGUUACAACCACCUUCUGAAGCAAAACGAAAGGAACGAUCUCCCAAAUUAUCCGAGCAGUUUGAAAAGUUAUUAGAACAAAAGUCAACCAUGGAAGAGGACGAUAAUACUGACGAUACGGCAGCAAAACCUACUCCUACAUUGACACAAGAUAUCAUUCAAGCAUGUAUUUUAUGGCAAUCUUUACCCAGUAGUCUUUCUGGUUUACCUUCCAUCUUUGAACCUGUACAAUUCAAUCCUUUUCCUGACCAUAUUCCUUUGGAUGAUGAUCUCAAAGCACCUGCACAAUUAUUAGAUCCUCUUAUUAUUGAACGACAGGCUUUAUGUUUACCAUCUGAAGGGUUUCAUUUACUCAAAAACUUGACAGGCGACAUCUUACUCUCACAUACACAACCUACAUGUUUACAUGUCAAACCUGACGAUCCUUCACCGGCUGAUUUAGAAAUGGAACGACAAAUGUUGAAUGACGACUUGCAAACAAUCACCUCUCAAGUCUUGGCAGCAAUGGAUAAACGACUUAUGGUAUCAUGGCAACCUUUAUUGGAUUUUUUACGGCAAUUAGGGCAUUUGGAGGAACAACGGAAUACUUUGAUGGGUCAACAAUGUCAAGCGACUGUAGAUGACUUUGUGAAACAACAAAAUCUGACUACUUUUGCAAUAGUUUGGCAACAACAACAACAACAACAAUCUACUUCUACAACAACCAUGAUCAAUACAAUAAAAAUGGUGGAUACCUAUUUGGAUGAUAUGAUUCGUCAUGUCCAAUUAUUUUUGAAUGAUUUCGUAGUACCUCGACUGGAAAAGAUUGGACAACUCAUUCAAGAUCUGUGGGAUUUGGUAGGACCAACGAUUCAACACAUGGCGGAACGAAUGGCAACACAUGAAGAACGGGAUAAGGGUAAUGCUGAAAAUUGCAAGGCGGUAUCUCAGUCACUUAAGGGAUUACACUCUACAAAGGAAGUGGAUGAAGCAAUUGAUCGAAUUCAACAUGCUAUGGCGGAUCGCGUGGAUGAUUAUAUCAACAGUGUUCAAGAAUUGAAGAAAUCGUACAAUUUGAUGGAUGAUCUGGAAACAAAUGGAACGAUAAAGGUGAUUUUUGAAAAGAUUCAACAAAAGGACUUUAGGAAAAAGGUGAAACGAUUAGAAUCUGGCUAUACUUCUCUACGGCAAUUCUUUCGAUACGAAGUCACUCAAAAGAUCUUUCCCGAAACUCUGUUUUGCAAGUUUAGUUUGGUUUGUUUGGGUGCGCUGAUGCAAGAAGGUGAAGUGAUGGAGGCCAUGAUCAUCGAAACUGAGGUUAAGCGGUUUAUUGAAACUCAUCGUCCAUUGGUCAAGCGUCGACAAUCCAUUGUAUUACAAUAUGAAGAAGGUGUACAAGUUGGCAGGCGCGAAUUAGCAGGUAUUUUGGGUAAAUUGUUUCUCAAGGAAGGUAUGCGUAUCCAAGGUGAAAAUUUAGCUCUGAAACGACAAGCUAUGUUACUGAAGUCAAUGGGUGGCGAAGGACAAAACAACAACAACAACAACAAUGAAAAUGGAAAAUCGGAUGGAUCAAGCAAGAAGAAAAAGAAGAACAAGAAUAAGAAGAAAAAAGCUUUGACGGCAUUGUCAUCAUCUGUAUUGGAGAAUGAAGAGGACGAACAGGACAACAAUGAACCAACAGAAGCAACAAAAGUAGAAGAAUCAUCAUCAGGAGCUGUGUUAUCGACUUCAACAUCUACUUCAUCAUCAGCAACUAUUACAACACCUUCAUCACCUCCUUUACAACUUCCUCCACCAUUACCAACCUCAGCAUCUUUACAACAACAACAACAACAACAACAACAACAACAACAA